AUGUCCCAGUCUACGUUGACCGUGGCCACGCGUGCCAACCAUGCGGCUCUGCUGCCCGUGGUGCUCAUUGCCACUUCCAUCAACGAGGCCCGUCCCACUCCGGUGAUCGACAUCAACUAUGAGGACUCUGCGCUUCUGGACGAGGGCGAGAAGGCUGUUCUCCAGCUCACUACUGGCUCCCGCUCUGUCCGUGGUACUAUCGAGGCUAUUGAGGAGCUGCGUACCCAAUUCCCUUACCUGGCUAGCAAGGACCUCAACCUCGAGAACGAGUGGAUUUCUCAACUCGAGUCCUUCACACCCCUUGACUUCAAGGCUCUCGACCCCGUUCUCUUGCGUCUCGACACCCACCUCCUCUUACGCUCGUUCGUUGUCGGAUACUCCCUCUCGACUGCCGACAUUGCUCUGUGGGGUGCCCUCCGUGGCAAUCGCAUUGCUGUUGCUGCUCUGAAGAAGGGAAAUCUGGUUAACCUGACCCGCUGGUAUCGGUUCCUGGAGGAGUUGUGCCCCUGGACCUCGUCCGCUGUGGAGUCUAUGAACGCCGUCGACCGGAAGAAGAAGUUGGCCAAGUCCAAGGAGGGUGGUAGCUACGACAUUGACCUGCGCAAUACUGAGAAUGGUGUGGUCACCCGUUUCCCUCCCGAGCCUUCUGGAUACCUCCACAUUGGACACGCCAAGGCUGCCCUUCUCAACGACUACUUUGCCCAUGAGAAGUACAGCGGCACCAUGCUGCUUCGUUUCGAUGACACCAACCCCUCGAACGAGAAGCAGGAGUUCCAGGAUGCUAUUGUCGAGGACCUUGCGCUUAUGGGCAUCAAGCCCAACAAGCUGACCUAUACUAGCGACUACUUCGAUGAGCUCUACGACUACUGUAUCACGAUGAUCAAGACCGGAUAUGCCUAUGCCGAUGAUACCGACAAGGAAACCAUGGCUGCCCAGCGAUGGGACGGUCUUCCCAGCCAACGUCGUGAUCUCAGCCCAGAGGAGAGCUUGGCUCGUUUCGAGGAAAUGAAGAAGGGCACCCCCGAGGGUCUGCGCUGGUGUAUCCGUGCUAAGAUCUCAUUUGACGACAAAAACAAGGCCAUGCGUGAUCCAGUCAUCUACCGCUGCAACCCCGCCCCCCACCACCGCACUGGUACUAAGUGGAAGAUCUACCCAACCUACGACUUUGCCUGCCCUGUGGUCGACUCUAUGGAGGGUGUCACCCACGCCCUACGUACCAUUGAGUACCGUGACCGUAACCCCCAGUACCAGUGGAUGCUGGAUGCCCUCAAGCUCCGCACUGUGCAGGUCUGGGAUUUUGCUCGCAUGAACUUCAUCCGAACCCUCCUGUCUAAGCGCAAGCUCACCAAGCUUGUCGAAACCGGCAUUGUCUGGGGCUGGGAUGACCCUCGCUUCCCCACUAUCCGUGGCAUCCGUCGUCGCGGCAUGACCAUCCCUGCUCUCCGCGAGUUCAUCCUCAAGCAGGGCCCAUCCCGCGCUGUGACUUUGUUCGACUGGGCUCUGAUUUGGGCUACUAACAAAAAAUACAUUGACCCCGUUGCCCCCCGCCACACCGCCAUCGACAACAAGGACAUUGUCAAGGUCAGCAUCACCAACGCCCCGGCCCCGUACACCGAGCAGAAGGCCAAGCACGCUAAGAACGCCGCCGUCGGCAACAAGACCGUUGCUUUCAGCGGCUCCGUCGUUCUCGAGCAGGCCGAUGCCAAGCUUUUCAAGCCGGACGAGGAGAUCACCCUAAUGAACUGGGGCAACGCCUUCAUCCGCAAGAUCUCUGCCGAUGCCUCGGGUGUUAUUACCAACCUUGAGCUGGAGCUGAACCCGACCGGUGAUGUCAAGAAGACCGAAAAGAAGGUCACCUGGCUGUCGACCGACCAGGAGCUGGUGCCUGUCGAGCUGGUUGACUUCGACUACCUCCUGACCAAGGACUCGCUCAGCGAGGAUGAUGUUCUGGAGGAUGUCCUCAACUACAACACCGAGCACCGGGACUCUUGCGUUGCGGACUGCAACAUUGCUCAGCUCAAAGAGGGUGACAUUAUCCAGUUCGACCGCAAGGGCUUCUACCGUUGUGACCGGGCUCCUGCCCCCGGUGCCCCCGCGGUCUUCUUCAACAUCCCUACUGGCAAGGCCAAAUAA